ACCAAAACACAUUCCCUAAUUUUAGAGAACUCUUCCUCUUCCUCAACCAAAACCCUUCUCUCUCACAAAUUGCAAGAUCGUUCUAUCACCCUCUCCUAAAAUCCAACCGUCAAUUUCAAUAUCACUGCUGAUUCAUAAAUUUUUCUUGUAUUUUCCCACGUAGGUACAUAUUCUUGGUUCAUUAGAGCUUUCUUGUGGAAGAGCAAAAGAAGGUUUUGAAGAUUUAGAAGGCCAAGGAAAAGCUACCUACUAAGAGCUAAAGAGAUGUCGCUAACUAGAGGAGGAAACACAUCUAGCCGAGCAAGGCAGCGUAAACCAACACGUGGUGGUGGUACAAGGUCUAUACGGAGCAAUAAUGAACAUCAUGAUCCUAGUACUCUCAAUGAUGAGUUGGGAGGUGAGCAUCCAGAUGAUUUGCCCAUAGCUAGUCAUAGGACCAAGGGUCAUAACUGUGGUAUUCCUAUGCAUGCUGAUCGAUUACAACGUAUUGAAAUAAUUAUUAAAAAUAGCACUUUUGGUGAAACUUUCAUACCCUGUGACAUCACCGCAAUCAUGAAAGCAUAUUUUGAUUGUCCAUACCCCACAUUCUGCUUGAUGCCACAACCCAUAAGAGAUGGUUUAUGGGAUCGGUUUAUGGUUUUACACCGACUGUCUUGGGGUUGAAACUGCUUAGGAAACUGGAUAUUCCUGAGGAAAAAUAUACAUUUCUUGGAUACGGGCCAGAAGAUUCUCACUUUGUUAUUGAACUUACAUACAGUGAGCAUUGUUAAGUGUUCCCAAAUUAUUAUUUUCAUGAUCUGUACUAUGAAUUGAAUGCACAAAUAUUACUAUGCCAUGCCUCUUUUUGCAGGCAUAUGCUUAUUCUCAACAGCUUAAGUCGAUUUGUCAUUAGUAUUUGUGUUUUAUCUGAUAUUAUGUUAGAUUAUGGGAUUAAUAAAUAUGAUAUUGAGAAUGGUUUUGGUCAUUUUGGCAUUGCAGUUGAGGAUGUAAGUUUCUGUCAAUUUUAUGUAAGAUUCCAGUAUAUAUGAUUGAAAGUAGAUGAUUGUCUUGAUA